AUGUGCUUGGUUUUGAGGAAAUCAGAGCUCUUCAGAUUAGCAAUAGGAAUCAUUACCAUGUUUAUUUUAUGUUUACCUGAAUUUUUCAAAGUCCAGGAAGAUAACACUGUAAUAAUAUCAUGCAGGGAUACCUGCUCAUUAAGUAAUACCACUUUUCCACUAUGCACUUUUAACAAGUCUUGCAAAAGCUCCCUGCAACGAAGAAGAAAGAACCAGACUAUUUUACUGAAGGCAAUUGUAAAUCAUCCCAAUCUCCAAAAUAUUUCAUGUAUUUGUCAAUCUUCUGUCAGAGAACAACAGUCACAUUUUAAAUACUCGGAGUGUGAAUCCAACAGAGAGAAGAAUGUUGUUCCCCAAGAACCAAGAUCGGUUAAAAAAGUUCCACAAACAAAAGGCUCACUUGAAGUGAAAACAGAAGAUCUUGAAUAUUUUUAUAAAUAUUUCAAUUUCACCGUGCUUCCUGAGAAUGAAGAUGAGCAUCAUACUUACUACAUGCUGGAAGUCCACAUCAAGAAUUCAACAAUCAGAGGAAGAAAUGCAGCUGCACAACACCUAAAUCAUUCCUGUCUAGUGGCAAUGACAGAAGAGCAAAAUGACUGUAUGAAUGUUUCACUGCAGCUGAAGGCUUAUGUGGAAUAUCCCAUGUGUAUGACGAAGAUCAUAUGGCUCAGUAUGAUUCCAUUAGCUUUUGUGUUCACUGUUUCCAUCGUUGUCUAUAAAAUCAUCCAAGAAAAUAAACAAAACUACUGUAAACACAGAGUAGCAGCAGCAGUCUCAACCACUCUAAGGAAAAGCAGUUCCAGACAUGCAAGAAGAACUAUAUCUGCUACUAAAACUCACCUUUUUCCUGCAGAGAACAACAAGCAGCAGACUCCACUCACUGCAGAGACCACAGAGAUACUGUCUAUAAUUCUUGAACAUGAGCAUUGCCAAGUGGGUGCAUCAGGUGUAGAAGGGUACCUAUUAUUAUAG